AUGCCAAAACUCAGUGAAGAGUACUUUGAUCUAGUUCGAAAAGCUGUUCGGGAAGACAAACAAGCACCGAAACGAAAAAAGAGAAAACUUCCGAAAUACGAGACGAAGCAGUCGCCGGAAGAGGCCGAAGUAGUGGUAAUUCUGGACUCUGACAACACAGACAAGGAAAACGGCAACGAGAAAAGCUCACAAGAAGAUAUAUCGCAGCACGAGAAUGAGGAAGAGGACGACGACGACGACGACGACGACGAGGAUUUCAAUUCUGAUGAGUUCGAAGACAUUUCAGAUCUUGAGAGCAAUGAACAGGAAGGCUCUCAACAGAAAGGCGUGUCUGUCACCAUAAAUACUAAGCAGUCAGAAACCAAGGAAAGGUCAAAAUCCAAGAAUCUUAUCUCAAAUGAAGAGCGUAAGUUUCGCAGAUAUUUCCAUAUGCUUCAUUUAUUGACUUUGAUGGUGCAUGGAUCCAUCCGCAACAAAUGGCUAAAUGAUCAAGCAUUGCACGUCAAGCUGUCAAAACUGGUGCCUGAUAGCGUUUUUGAGCUACUGCAUCCAAAAAAAGAUGAAGAACUGCCGCUGAGAAGCACACGGAAGCUGCUGGAUGGUUUGAAAAAAUGCAUGGAGAUAUGGCAAAAGCAUUUCAAUCGAAUUACACGGACCGAGACUCAGGGCUUGUACAUGUUUGAUUGGGACGAACUUAGCGGCCCAUGGGAACAACCGGCUCGCUACAUGUCGCAAAAACUGUUCAAUAAAAAGUUAGCUCAUGGGAGGGGCAGUUUAGAAGUGGCAUCGCAAGGUUUUGUUGCAAUGUUGAGAGCAUGCGGUGUAAAUGCUAGAUUAGUUUUCAACAUACAACCACCGGACUUUACAAAUAACAAAGCUUCCAAUAUUGACGGUAAGAUGACUGCUGGAGAGUAUUUGGCAGACUCGGGUUCUGCGUCUAGAUCAAGAAGAAGAAAACAAGCCGCCCGUAAGAAAAGCGAGGCAGAUCAAGAUCGAUACUCCAUUUUCUGGUGCGAGGUGUGGGACAAAAUCACUAAAAAGUGGAUCACAGUAGAUCCUAUGGGUCAAAAGACUAUUGAGCAAAUACGACAUCAGACGUCAUUGGAGCCCCAGGGAAAGGCUCGCAAGAACAACAUUUUUAGAUACAUCAUUGCCUAUGAUCGAAAAGGAGGGUGCAGGGACGUCACCAGAAGGUACACGAUUCAUUUCAACUCGAAAACAAGAAAGCGACGUGUUACAAAGGACCCCGCUGGCGAGGAAUGGUUUCAAAAAGUGCUAAAAUGUCUUCAAGGUAGGAAAAGAACCCGUACCGACGAUUUAGAAGAUGCUUAUUUUGAGCAAAGAGAUAAGACGGAGGGAAUUCCCGAUAACAUGCAAGAUUUGAAGGGACACCCUUACUAUGUUUUAGAGAAUGACAUAAAAUGGAACGAGGUGCUGAAGACAAAUUGCAAAGAAUGCGGCUUUCUUCGCCUGAAGAACAAUACUGCCAGUUUGAAAGUUUACCGGCGUCAAGAUAUAUUGGUGCUCAAAACAGCCAGAUCAUGGUACACUGAGGGGCGUAUACUGAAACCUGGCGCCAAGGCUCUUAAGACGACAAAAUCUAGAGAGUUCAAAACCGGUGAGGUCACCGAAGAGCGACUCUACCCUUUCGAUCAGACUGACCUUUUCAUCCCUGAACCACUGGGUCUCGAGGACGAGGUACACACAAACGUGUAUGGAAACAUUGACGUGUACGUGGACAGUAUGAUUCCUGCCGGAGCUUGCCUGAUAGAAAGUCCCGUAGCGGUCAAAGCUGCUGCCUUCCUUAGAAUUGAAUUUGCGAAGGCUGUCACAGGCUUCAAAUUCGAGAAAAAGAGGGUUGCCAAGCCGCAAAUCACAGGAAUUGUAACCGCUCAAAAGUACCGUGAAGCAGUGGAAGCUGCAAUCGACGGCAUUGAGUACACAGCAGAAGAAGAUAAGAGACAAGAACACGAGUUAGAGUCGUUACGGCAUUGGAAUUUACUUCUAGCAAAGCUGAGAAUCAAACAACGACUCAUCACAAGUCAUGGAAAUGUCAAUAAUAACAAGGGAGAACGUAUGUCAGACAGGAACAAUUUGUCGGGUGCCGACCUUGAGGUCUCUGAUCCAAAUGACACAGAUGGGGGUGAAAGUGAAUUGGAGUUUGAAGCUGGUGGGUUUGUUCCUGACGCCAGUGGAUUUGUUCCUGAAACUGCGGCUCCUGAAGGAGACUCCGAUGCCAAUGAGAUGCAAUUUGAGGCCGGUGGAUUUGUUCCUGAUGCCGGUGGAUUUGUUCCUGAAACGGCUGCCGAUGAAGAUGAUACCGAAACCAAUGGCUGGCAGAAAGGAGGGUUUGAGUCACAAGUUGUAAAGUCAAAGGACCCAGCUGUGGUAUCUCAAGCAAAAAAGAUACCGGCAAGCUCACAGACAGAUGCAGAAGGUGAUGAGUUUGAAGACUACGAGAACUUCAUGAAAGAUAUCGAAACGAAGGACAAUGAAGCGGAUUUUUCUGCUCCGUCGGGUUCAGAUUUCGACUACGAAUCUGAAUAA